UGUUUCCGGCUCGGGCUGACGGCCCCGGUGCUGGGCCAGGGGGUUCCCGGCCGAGUCUCUGUGGCCGCGGAGGCGCCAAGUUAAUCUGGCCCAGAGCGUCCUGGGCAGACCGGGAGCUUGACCGGCUGGACCCCGCACUGUCGGUCCGGGGCGUGGACGGAGCCUGGCCAGCCUCGGUCCCUCCUGCGUCGGGGCCACGGAACGGUACAAAUCCAUCGCUCCGAUUCCGGUGCCGAGGUCGGGCAGCGGUCGGUGUUAGGGAAGAGCUGAGGAGGCCUUGUCCCUGCGAGCAACUCGGCCCGGGGACUGUCAGGUGCUUGGUGCCCGCACCGGCCUCUGGGGCGGGCGCAGCAGGGACACCGCCUCCCGCACGGUCGUCUCCUCCGCAACCCCCGGGUCUUCCACCCCCAGGCGGCAAGCACGGAACCCGGCACGGGAUGGCCAGUAGGUUCGGGACAGCUUCGUGUUGGGGAUUACUGUCAUUCACGGAUGUAUCUGUGGAGUUCACUUUGGAGGAAUGGCAGCUACUGGAUUCUACACAGAAGUACCUAUACAGGGACGUGACAUUGGAAAACUAUAGCAACCUAGUAUCAGUGGGGUAUCACGGCACCAAACCUGAUUUAAUCUUCAAGUUGGAGCAAGGGGAAGAGCCGUGGAUAGUAAACGCCGAGAUUUCCAGUCAGAGCUGUCCAGAAGGCUGGGAAGAAUGGUACCAGAAAAAUCAAGAUGAGCUUGAAAGCAUUGAGAGAAGCUAUGCUUGUAAUGUGUUUGGAAAACUUCAUCUGAGCAAAACCCAUGUUUCUUCAACACAAAGACUCCAUAAGUAUAACACACAUGAAAAAAGUUUGACACAAAACUCAGGUUCAAGCAGAAGCUAUGUAAGAAAGAAUCCUGAUAAGUUCUAUGGUUAUGAAGAACCAUAUUUUCUUAAGCAUCAAAGAGCUCAUAGCAUAGAAAAAAACUGUGUGUGUAGUGAAUGUGGGAAGGCUUUUCGUUGUAAAUCACAGCUCAUUGUACAUCUUAGAAUUCAUACGGGGGAGAGACCUUACGAAUGCACUAAAUGUGAAAGAGCAUUCAGUGCCAAGUCAAACCUUAAUGCUCAUCAGAGAGUUCAUACGGGAGAAAAACCCUACUCGUGUAGUGAAUGUGAGAAAGUCUUUUCUUUCAGGUCACAGCUCAUUGUCCAUCAGGAAAUUCACACAGGAGGGAAGCCCUAUGGUUGCAGUGAAUGUGGGAAAGCAUACAGUUGGAAAUCACAGCUUAUUUUACACCAGAGAAGUCAUACAGGUGUGAAACCCUAUGAAUGUAGUGAAUGUGGGAAGGCCUUUAGUUUGAAGUCACCAUUUGUUGUACACCAGAGAACUCAUACAGGGGUGAAACCCCAUAAAUGCAGUGAAUGUGGGAAAGCCUUUAGGAGUAAAUCCUACCUCCUCGUUCACAUCAGAAUGCAUACAGGAGAGAAACCCUAUCAAUGCAGUGAUUGUGGGAAAGCCUUCAAUAUGAAGACACAACUCAUUGUACACCAGGGAGUUCACACAGGAAAUAAUCCAUAUCAGUGCAGUGAAUGUGGGAAAGCCUUUGGUAGGAAGGAACAGCUCACGGCACAUCUGAGAGCUCACGCGGGAGAGAAACCAUACGGAUGCAGUGAAUGUGGGAAAGCUUUCAGCAGCAAGUCGUACCUUGUUAUACAUAGGAGAACACACACAGGAGAAAGACCCUAUGAAUGCAGUUUGUGUGAGAGAGCCUUUUGUGGGAAAUCACAGCUAAUUAUACAUCAGAGAACUCACUCAACAGAGAAGCCGUAUGAAUGCAAUGAAUGCGAAAAAGCCUAUCCUAGGAAGGCAUCGCUUCAGAUACACCAGAAAACUCAUUCUGGAGAGAAACCUUUUAAAUGCAGUGAGUGUGGCAAAGCCUUCACUCAGAAGUCAUCUCUCAGUGAACAUCAGAGAGUUCACACUGGAGAGAAACCAUGGAAAUGCUCUGAAUGUGGAAAAUCCUUCUGUUGGAAUUCAGGCCUUCGUGUACAUCGGAAAACUCACAAAUGAGAAAUCAGAGUGAUGAAGUAAAUGUGAGAAGCUUUCUCACAGAGGGUGAUGCUCAGGAGACUUCAGAUGAUAAUAUAGACAGGAUUUAUAAGCAGGAGGUCCUAAAAAUGCAUUCAUGUCAAAAAAGGUUAUGUAGGAGAGAGACCAAUCAUAUUUGGAAUGAGUUUGCAAAAGCUUUCAGAAAUAAGUCACAAAUCUUUGUAGACAAGAGAAUAAUUGAAGGUAUGAGGAGCAGUAAAUGUACCAAAUGUAGUAGCAUCAUUAUGAAGAUUCAGACAAUUCAUGCUGAGAACACCUUAUAAAUUUGACAAAUCAGAAAAGCAUUUCCCCGUAGAAGGUGUUACAUGGAAAGUCACAUUCCAGAUUCGAAGCUGUGUGUUUGUGAAAUAAAGUAAAGAAAAUCUCGAUUAUAAAUAGUAGGCUUUUUCCUGGUGAAGUAUCAAGUUUUUGUUUUGUUUUGUUUUAAUAUGUAAAUAAAGCGAUGGUCAGGAAAAAUGCAAGGAACAUAUUCUGAAAGGUAAGGGAUAUUUGGUGUGACUUUCUGAGUUAACACUGAAAGCAUUUUUUUAAAUUUGGGUAUUUUAUUUUUUAAUGUAACUUAUUUUAUAUAUGUAUUUGAUAGUUUGUAGAAUAACAUACCUCCGUAUUCUCCAUAUUAAAUGCUAAAUAUCAGCAUUGUCUAUUUCUUAGCAAUAUAACUAAAAUAACGUGGCUUAUAACAAAUGAAAGGAUGCAGUUCUCACUCCAAGUUUACUUAUUUAGUAGCCUAUAUAAGCAGGUCUGGCAGUUGUUACAGGGCUGUUGCUUAAGAGAAGUCAUUGUAACAAACAUUUAUUAUAUUUUAGCAGUUCAGUGUCUGUUCUCCAUUGUUUGAUAUGAGCACCCUUGUGUUCUCUGGAGGAAUACCUCCCCUCUCUCGGGUGCUUCCUUGCGGUAGUGUCUGUCAGGUACCCUUUCUACUCACCACAGGUAAGUAUCAUACCCAUUGUUGAAUAUUGGUGACCUCUUUUUCAGGAUUUUGAGUCUGUAAUUCAGUUACACAUGAAGCAGAAAGAAAUUGUGGGAACACAUUUAUUCUUGUCCUAGAAUUCUAUUGAGACCAUCAAUUAAUUCCCAGAAUAACUUUGGAUACUAUCCCUUUUUGGACCUGGCUCUCUGGCCUUCUGUGUGCUUCCUCAUAUCUUCUCAAUAAAAAUGUUUUUGUUUUUUA